GCUGGUACAGACAGGGAAUUUUGCAGUGUAUGCUUUUAAUUCGUUUCAACUGUCGUGUGUUGGACGAGUUAGUGCUUCGGAAUACAAGUCCGGGUAAACUAUGUCCUAUUAUGCAGUUUCCACACGAACUGAUAAGGAAAUAAUGGAGGAAAUCGAUGGUGGUGGAAACGUCUGGCCGACGAAGAGCGAUAAGGCGGGAAAUCAUCAAACGACCAUAAUUUGCAGGGAAAUGGCGUCCCCAAAAUGCGACCCCAAGGAAGUCCUUCGUCGCAGGAUACCGAUCAUCGCAUGGCUGCCGUUCUACACGUGGAAUAAACUAAUCCAGGAUGCAUUGGCCGGUCUCACCGUGGGUCUGACUGCGAUUCCCCAGGGAAUAGCCUACGCAGUUGUCGCCGGACUUCCUGCCCAGUACGGACUUUACAGCGGUUUCAUGGGUUGUUUCGUCUAUCUGAUACUCGGCGGUAGCAAGGACAUCACCAUAGGACCAACGGCUAUCAUGGCACUUAUGGUUCAAUCGAGUGUCACGAACUAUGGAGCAGACGGUGCUGUACUGGUGUGCUUCUUGUCCGGCUGUAUAAUAUUCCUACUUGGUAUUCUCCAUAUGGGUUUUUUGGUGGAUUUUAUAAGCAUGCCGGUUACAUCCGGUUUCACAAACGCCGCCGCCAUAACAAUCGGGUCUUCCCAGUUGAAAUCGUUGCUGGGAAUAACCGUGAGCGGAAGUGGAUUCGUCGAAUCGAUUGUCGGGGUAUUUGAGAACAUCAGGGAUACCAGAAUGUGGGAUACUUUGCUGGGCGUGGUAUCGAUCCUCGUUCUUGUCGGACUCAAGAACCUUCCGGGAAAUCGUAAUGGAAAUUUUUGGAGAAAGACCAUGUGGGUCAUCUGCUUGGCGCGGAAUGCCGUCGUCGUUAUUCUCGCCACCCUGGUAGCAUACCUUUUCUACCUCAAUGGCCUCCAGCCGUUCAAACUGACCGGAAAAAUCACCGAGGGCCUUCCACCCUUUGGUCCACCCCCCUUCUCGAUCACCUACAACAAUCAGACGAGCGAUUUCAAGACGAUUGUCGAGGGGCUUGGAAGCAGUCUGAUCUCUCUACCGCUCAUAGCUAUACUUGAGAAUAUCGCCAUCGCAAAGACCUUCGCUAAGGGACGCCCCUUGGAUGCUACCCAGGAAAUGAGCGCUCUUGGAGUGGCCAACAUCCUUGGCAGCUUUGUUCGCUCCAUGCCGAUUACCGGAAGCUUCACUCGUACGGCUGUCAACAAUGCGUCAGGAGUCCAAACGCAGAUGGGGGGUGUCUUUACUGGCGCCCUGAUCCUCCUGGCCUGUGGAGUCCUCACCUCGACCUUCUAUUUCAUUCCAAAGUCCAGUCUCGCCGCGGUCAUCAUCGUCGCCAUGUACUACAUGCUGGAUUUCGAGACGUUCAGAGUACUAUGGAGGACUAAGAAGAUCGAUUUGAUGCCGUUGACGGUGACAUUGCUCUGCUGCGUUUUUCUGAGCCUCGAGGACGGGAUGAUUAUUGGAAUCGCGGUGAACCUCGUGCUCCUCUUAUACUUCACGGCUCGACCGGGAGUUAUGGUCCAGGAAGAAACGGUCGACGGCAUCAGUAUACUGGUAAUAACGCCGAGGCAAUCCCUGAGUUUUCCAGCGGCUGAAUAUCUGCGGGAUGAAGUUAUCUACAGGUGCAAAUUGAGCGGGGAAACUCUUCCGGUUGUUCUGGAUGGACGUCACGUCUAUCGCAUCGACGCGACGGUCGCGAAGAAUCUUAAGUACCUUCAGACCGAUCUCGAGUCCAGGAAGCAGACGAUGAUAUUCUGGAACUGGAGUCCGGAGGUUCGGCAAACCCUCGAACGCUACGACAGUUCGCUUGCCCAAUACUUCAGAACCACACGGACGUUGGACGGCAUGUUUUUUCAAGCAGAAAUCAACGCUGUUCGAACGGAAUAAAACGUAACUGAAGAAACGUUGGCGUCAACGAUGAUCGUGAUUUAAAGAACAAAGUAUUUCUAUACAAUUGAAGCCUGAUUGUGAGAUUUAGGUUAUACUACUUCUGUCACUAUGGAAGUUAAAAUGGAUAAUAUGGAGGCACCAUAACACACCUUUUUUAGACAAUCAGUUUCGUGCAUU